GAUUUGAUGGAAUAUAUCAUGACAAGAUGAUUGACUUUUGUGAAGAGUUAUAGUUUUUUUUAUUCCAAUUAUGUUAAUGUGUGUCGAAAUAUAUUUUUUUGUUAGUUUAUUAAUCAAUUAACAUCUUCCAUUAUUCAUGUUUAACUAUUAUUAACCUUUUUUAAAAGAAGGUUUAUAUCACUUAUGUAAACAGUUGUUUUGUUACAAUAAAAAAAAAUGAGUUUUAUGGUUAAAAAAACGGGAGGCAGAAUGUGGCAUGAGGCUCGCAAACAAGAGAAGAAAAUUAGAGGAAUGUUAGUAGAUUAUCGUAGACGAGCUGAACGUCGUCGAGAUUAUUAUGAAAAAAUUAAAUCAGAUCCUACGCAAUUUCUCCAACUACAUGGAAGACCUUGUAAAAUUCAUUUGGAUGCUGCAGUUGCUACAGCUGGUGAUAGUCCAGCAAAUAUGAUGCCGUGGCAAGGAAAUGAAGAAAAUCUUAUUGACCGAUUUGAUGUGAGAGCACAUCUCGAUUGGAUUCCAGAUGCAUCUCAAUCUUUAGAAGUCGACAUUGCUCUUACAAGUGAAGAUAGACAUAUUAAUUAUGAGCGAUAUCGCAUAAUUGUUCAAAAUGAAUUUUUAGGAGUUACUGAAGAAAAAUUUUUACAUCAAAUACAUCUGGAGGAGCAAUUUGGUUCUUCAACGAAACCAGAUUCCGUGAAAGAUAAAAAACGUUCUAGUAAUAAUGCUGCAAUUGGUUACAAUUAUGAAACGGAUGAACCUAUUUUAGAGCCUUCUAAAGUAUCUGAAUCAAUUGCAAGUGAUGAUAAACAAGACGAUGAGGACAGUGACAUUGAUUUAGACAUUUGCGUCGAUGUAUCACAAAUAGAACCUUCACAAGCUCAUGAAAUGAAUCAAGUCGCACAAAAAUAUGGACUUUUGGGUGCUGAUUACUUCAGUUUUUUAACACAAGAUUUCGAAGAAGCAGAAACGCUGAGGCAAGCCCGUAAACAGGAGGAAGAAAAGGCCAUGUAUUCUGGUAGAAGAUCGAGAAGAGAGAGACGAGCGUUUAGGGAGAAAAAAAUGAUAGGUCGUGUUAUGAGUCCGCCUAGUUAUGCUGCGCGAGAGAGUCCAGAGUAUAAUCCAUAUCGGAAGUCAUCUUCCAAAUCUCGAUCACGUUCAACAUCACCAGUAAACACUGGUCAAAUCACCUACAUCACAAGCUUCGGCGAUGAGGAAGAAGCGCACACCAGCACUUCCCACAAUACUUGUUUCAAUUCCAAGCGUAUCAAUUAUUCAAUUCUAAAAAAAAGAAGAUCAGAAAGUCCAGCAUUUACUGAAAGAAUGAUAAAUAGAAGGACCUCGAGAUCAAGAAGUAAUUCCCGAUCAAGAUCUUAUAACUACUACAAGUUUUAUGACAGGAAACGAAACUCCUCACGAACUAGGAAUAGACCAACAAAUUCAAGAUCGGAUAAAUAUUCUCGCUCUAGAAGCUAUUCAAGGUGGUCACGUUCUCGUUCACGAUGCAGAAAUAGAUUCAGCAAAAGUAGAUCACGUUCAAAGUCCCGAUCAAUAUCAAGUUCCACACGCAAAACACGAUCACGUUCACGUCAAAGGAGAUCGAGAUCAUCUAAUUCCAUCACAUCGAAGGGAUCGCACUCGCAACCGACUUUUAAAAACAGAUCUCGCUCAAGAUCAAAGUCCAAUUUAAAGUCCCACAAUAGAAGUCGAUCUCGAGAUAGUUUUCGUCGAAAACAAUAUUCCGAGUCUAGAUCCAGAUCCAGAUCGCGAUCGAGAUCACGAUCAAGAUCAAGAUCAAUGUCAAGGUCGAGAUCCAGAAGUAAAUCACGAUCUAGGUCUAGAAGCCAUUCUUGUAAUCGAUCGAGGAGUAUUGAAAGCAAAGUUCCAGCCUUACCAAGGUAUUAUGGUCGUCGUGGAAAAUCUUCUAGUCUUGAAUUAGAUCUUUCUGGAAAUGAAGAGAAAUUAUCCUCAGUGACUAAAAGUUCAUCUAUUAAUACAAGCAUGAUCAAACCAAAGGCAGGGUUAAGUACAAAUUCUGGUGGCGGACACAAAAUGGUAAAAAUAACUCCUCAAGAACGCCUUAAGAAGAAAAUGCAAGUUUUAUUAAAUAGACAAUAUAAAGCUGACAAGAAGGCUGAACAAUUAAGAAUUGAAAAGAUGGAGCAACAGAGACAGGAUCGAGAAGAUGAGAUUCGUGAAAUGUCACUCAAACUUCGUCGGAAACAACGAGAAAGACGACAUCGCUACGAAGGCGGACAUACAUCAGAUUCCAAUUCUUCAGGCUCAACAUCACCUAGUCCAGGACGUAGUCCUCGAAAUAAGCUCUCAAGUCGAGAUCGAAGAAAUCGUGAUAAUAAAGAAAGUGAAUUUGAGGCAGACAAAGAUAAACAGAGAGAUAGAGAAGAUAGAGAUAAAAAUAGGCAAAACUAUCGUAGACGACACAAAAGCAGUCGAAGUUUAGUCGAUUACUGACCAAGCUGGGGGACUGUUUCGAAAUCUUCCAAAAGUGAAUUAAAGUGAAAAAGACUUUGUUAAAAAAAUUUUGUUAAAAUCAUCGUUGAAUUUUUAUGUAUUAUACGUCAAUUACUACUAUCUAGUAUGUUAAUGAAAUAAAAAAUUUCCGAUAUGUUCUGUGUCAAAAAAAGAAUUUAAUUUUGCCAACAAAUAUUAAAAGUUAUUAUCAAAAAAUCUAAAAUGUUAAGAUAAUUUUAUAUAACAUAAUUCCAUUCACAUAUUAGAUACUAUAAAAAUUUAAAAAACUACAUAAACUAUCUGUGAUCACAAUUUAUAUUAUUUAAAUUAUAAAUCUUCCUUUGUAUGAAAUGAGACUAUAAAAUAAAUGCACUAAGCUAUUAA